CAUUUUCUCUCUCUAUCUCUAUAAAUAGAAAUGCUUCUGAGCACUCUGAUAUCUCAAUGCUCACUCUCUGCCCUCUAAUCUCUACUGCUUCAUAUCUAAUUUAGUUAUAAACUACCAAUCAAUUGUUUCUUCUUUUCUCUCUAAGUGAUUAUUGAAGAAAGGGAUAGUGUUAGCCAUGGAUUUGGAUUUGUCACCAAAGUUCCCACAAAAGACAUUAUUUGAAGGAGAAGGUGGAUCAUACAAGGCUUGGUCAAGUUCUGAAUUAGCUGUGGCAAAGGUUGGAGGAGGAAUGCUUCUUCUCCAGCCCCGUGGUUUUGCUUUUCCCCACUAUACAGAUUCCUCCAAAAUUGGUUAUGUUCUUGAAGGUACAGAAGGAAUAGUGGGAGUGGUGCUUCCUAAUUCUGCAAAAGAGGUAGUAUUAAAGCUUAAGAAAGGAGAUAUCAUACCUGUGCCUCUGGGAACUCUCUCAUGGUGGUAUAAUAAUGGAGAUUCAAAAUUUGUUGUGGUUUUCUUGGGAGAAACUUCCAAGUCUUAUAUUCCUGGAGAAUUCACCUACUUCUUGUUAUCUGGAGGCAUAGGCGUUGGCAUACUACUAACAAUGGCAGGAUUCUCAUCUGAAUUUACCAGUCGAGCCUACAAUCUCAAGAAUCAAGAAGAAGCAAACAAACUCGCUAAAAGCCAAACUGGCGUGUUGAUUAUCAAGAUAGAGGAAGGAAUAAUCAUGCCCCAACCUCAUAACGACUUUCGGGACAAAAUGGUGUAUAACAUCGACGCAGCAUCAGCUGACGUUGAUGUCCAAAAGGGUGGUGUUUUUAAGACACUAACAUCAUCAAAAUUGCCCCUUCUUGAGCAAGCAGGAUUAAGUGUCAGCUAUGUGAAAUUAGAUGCCAGUGCCAUGUACUCACCCACUUACACUGCCAAUGGAGCAAGUCGACUUGUUUAUAUUGUUAAAGGGAAUGGACAAGUACAAAUUGUGGGUAUCAAUGGUAAGCGAGUCUUGGACACCAACAUAAAAGCUGGCCAAAUGUUUCUGGUGCCAAAAUUCUUUGCUGUUGCUGUAGUUGCUGGCAGUGAAGGGAUGGAGUUAGUCUCCACCUUAACUUCUACGUGGCCUUUUGUUGAGGAGCUUGCGACUAAGAAUUCAGUGUGGAAUGCCCUUUCUCCUAUAGUUUCACAAGUUUCUCUUAACGUGACACCAGAUUUUGAAGAACUCUUCAAGUCCAAUAUUACGAAGAACUCCAUUAUUAUUCUUUCAACAAAUUAGAUAUAGAGUAGCUUGAAGCUACCUUAAAAAAGCUAACUCGAAAGAAAAGAUAUAGAUUGAAGUGCAUAAAUUGAUAUAUCAACUACGCAUAUUUAUUAAGUAAUUAUUUUGUGCUUCUAAAAUAUAUGCUCCUUUCAUAUAAAAUAAUUGAUCUCAACUCCUAUAAACAUAGAAAAAAUAAAAAUUUAAGUAAAAGGAAAUACUAUUUUUCA